AUGCUCUUGUCCUCGGCCUUGGAUGGGCGGACAGCAGUCCCACACACUAUACCACAAGUCUUUUGGCGUAGUCUGAUCUCCUACAUUGUGCUGGUUCCAAAACCCACCAGCUCAGCUUUCACCAUCGCCCUGACCGAGGCGGGCAUUCUACCUGCCGCGCACGUCAUCAAUGCCUUGAUCGUGACCAGCGUAAUCUCGGCUUGUAACUGCUCCCUAUACAUCGAGUCAUGCCUCCUACUCUUCAUGUGCAGAGCCGGAAAAGCCCCCGGGUUCAUCGGUUGUGCCAAUAAGACGGGAGCACCGUGGGUCGGGUUGAUCUUUACAAACAUAUUCGCUUGCAUUGUUCUCUUGGGACAAUCUUCAAGAGUCGGAGAGGUGUACUCUGCUAUGGUAACGCUAUCUAGAGGCAUGUCAAGCCUCAAACAUCGAUGA